UACUAUAGUCCAGUCAGAGGCUUGAGGAGUGACUCUCUAUCGCUGGAUGCUCUGGAGAACAGGGAACAUCUGCAGCCAAGCAUAAGAAAGUUUUCCAUGCGCGGACAGCUGAGGUAAAAAAGAGAAAACUAGAAGUAGACUCCCAUAAAGAAGACAAGUACUAGCUCUAUCACCAGUAUCAUCAUGGCUAUAGUCCUGAAAUCCCACCCUCUUCUAUGGACGAGGUUGGCAGCCCUGGUGUUCUCCUGCGUGGCCUUCUCCGUGGCCAUUCAUGGCGGCAGACUCUAUCCCGGCACCGGAGACUGGUGCAUCUUCUGCUGGGCCUUCAGCUUCGCUGGUACUCUGCUCGUCCUACUGGUGGAGCUGUUUGACCUGCAGAGCAGAGCCCCCGUCUCCUGGAAGAACUUUCCCAUCACUUUCGCCUGUUACGCCGCCCUCCUCUGCUUAUCUGCCUCCAUCAUCUUCCCGCUCUACUUUCUGAAGGGGUCCGUAGGUCCGAAUGAAGUACGUGACUACCGCAUCGUGUCGACCGUCUUCUCCUGCCUGGCCACCAUUGCGUACAUGAGUGAGGUGAGCAUCAGCAAGGCGCGUCCAGGUGAGGUGGCUGGCUACAUGGCCACUGCUCCUGGCCUGCUGAAAGUCUGCGAGACCUUUGUGGCCUCCAUCAUCUUCGUCUUCAUCAGCGACCCUGUGCUGUACGACCGCCACCACGCCCUCAAGUACUGCAUGGCCGUCUACUGCAUCUGCUUCAUCCUGUCAGCAGCCAUCAUCCUCCUCUGCAUCGGAGAGUGCACCGGUCGCCUUCCCUUCCCGUUUGCCCGUUUCCUGUCCGCCUAUGCCCUGUUCGCUGUGGUCCUCUAUCUGUCAGUGACCAUCAUCUGGCCUAUCUUCAACUUUGACCCCAAGCAUGGUGGAACAAAACAAAGGCAGUCCAGCUGUGGCAGCGUAGGGUUGUGUGUGUGGGAUAAGCUCAUGGCGGUGGCCGUGCUCACCGGGGUCAACCUCAUCCUCUACCUGGCUGACCUGAUCUACUCCACCCGUCUGGUGUUCGUCAGCGCUUGAGGGUGGAGAGAGGGUGUUGAGCUAGCAGUGUGCUCCAAAUGAAAUUAAAUUUUGGCCACUUUGUUACAGGCUGUAAAACUACUGUCAACCGUACUGCUGCAUGAAAUUGUAUCCACGCUACCUGUGUUGGUUCUGAACAAAACAGUAGGAGAUCAAACCCAAAGCAUCUGUACUGGUUGACCAGGAAUGCAUUGGUGGAGAGGGUGCAUUAAAGGCAAAAAGUGAGGGUUUUUAAAUUCAGAAUGACACAUAUCAGAUAGACAGAAUUUCACUCCAAUAUGUAUUUUCUUUGAAUCUGGAGACUUGCCAAAUUUAAUUUUAUGUGAAGUAUACUGCCUUAGAGAAAGUAAAGGAUGAAGAUCAAGUCAUUAGGGGUUUUACACAUAUAUCAGUAAUUCUUAAAUGACUGAAGCUUUGUUUUCGCAGAUUUAGCUUCCUGUGACCUGAAUAAAGUAUCUAUAAUGAUUGUAAGAGACGUAAGUUUGAUUGCUGUAUCAUGUUGACAAAUACAAACAAAAACAAAUUACAAAACUGUUAAGUCUGUAAUGAAAAAUAAUAAAAAAGAUCUGAUAAUUAUUAGCUUUUUAACUGUUUAACUUUUUGCAUUAUUAUUAUUUUUUAUAAAGUAUAUCAAUGUAUUUUUCUGAAGGAGAGUAUUUCUUUGUCUAAACUGUCAAAUGACAAGAAAAACAAAACCAGUCAUCCGAUUGGAUUGCACAUUGACCAGACUUCUUUACAAGCUCUGAAAUUCGCUCCAUGUAAGACUGGAGACUUGAAGUUCAACUAGAAAUACUUUACAGGAUGUUCACAUGACUGCUAGGCUCGCCCCCUCGCGCUCAGUUUCAUUAUUCAUAUUUGCAAGCUAUUCCCAAUGGCAAGAAUAUAUAUGUGCAACCAAUGUUGUGGCUUUUUAAAAUCAAGUAUAGUUCAAGUGCACUUGUUGUUUUUAUUUUCUGUGUUUAUACUCCUGUUGAAUUGAAAUAUGAAAGCAUCUGCUAACAACAAGUCAUCACCCCAUAUACACUGAUUGUGGAUUACACCGCAGGUCAAAAUAAUCAAAGACAGUGAUCAAAAAAAGAAAGAGAUGGUUUAUGUCCUAUAGAUUUUGCCAGUAUUAUAGUAUCUACAUUUUUCAUAUGUCAUUAUUUCAAGUGUGAAAACCACAUCAGUAUUGUAGAAAAAUGUAAUCCAGUGUUCCAAUAAAACCACAUUGUAAACAGAUAAUUGUGUGUAUUUUGGAUUUUCUUUUUAUCCUUUAUGCUUUGAUGUCAGAAUAAAUCCAUUUAUGUAUAAAAUCAAAAUUCAAACAA